UAUGGUAACGCUAUAUAUACACCGAAACUGCAGGAGAUACAGGCCCAUAAUGGUUCGAUUUGGGCGAUUAAGUUUAGUUUGGACGGUAAAUAUCUGGCUAGCGCUGGAGAGGAUUGCGUGAUUCAUGUGUGGCAGGUUGUGGAAACAGAGAGGAAGGGAGAUCUGUUUUUUGAUAAAUUGGAAGAUGGGAAUUUGAAUUUUCUGUCUUUAGCGAAUGGAUCGCCCGAGCCUUCUUCGAUGUCGCCGAAUUUAGAUGUUCUUUCGGAGAAGAAAAGAAGAGGGAGGUCAUCUAUAAGUCGAAAGUCUGUGAGUUUAGAACAAAUAAUGUUGCCGGAGACUGUGUUUGGCCUUUCGGAAAAACCAUUUUGUUCGUUUCGAGGACAUUUGGAUGAUGUGCUGGACCUCUCCUGGUCGAAAUCUUCGCAACUGCUCUCAUCUUCAAUGGACAAAACAGUGCGGCUAUGGGACUUGUGUAGCAGGACUUGUUUAAAGAUCUUUUCACAUAGUGACUAUGUAACAUGCAUCCAGUUUAAUCCCGUCGAUGAUAACUACUUCAUCAGUGGUUCUUUAGAUGCAAAGGUGCGAAUAUGGAGCAUUCCCGACCACCAAGUUGUCGACUGGAAUGAUUUGCAUGAAAUGGUCACUGCAGCCUGCUACACACCAGAUGGGCAGGGGGCAUUGGUUGGUUCGUACAAAGGCAGCUGUCGCCUAUACAACACAUCAGAUAAUAAAUUGCAGCAGAAAAGCCAGAUCAAUCUGCAGAAUAAGAAGAAGAAAUCUCAUCUCAAGAAAAUCACUGGUUUCCAGUUUGCACCUGGAAGUACAUCAGAAGUGCUCGUCACAUCUGCAGAUUCCCGUGUCCGAGUCGUUGAUGGUGUUGAUCUUGCUCACAAGUUCAAAGGGUUCCGUAACACAAACAGCCAAAUCUCAGCCUCCCUAACCUCCAAUGGCAAAUACGUAGUUUCCGCCAGCGAGGACUCUUACGUAUACGUGUGGCGGCACGAAGGCGGGUCCCGCCCAAACAGAAGCAAAGGCGUCACCGUCACAAGAUCCUACGAGUUCUUCCACAGUCAAGAUGUCUCCGUCGCAAUCCCAUGGCCAGGCUUGUCCGAGACAUGGGGGGGCGGCGCCCCCCAAGGGCAAAACGGUCAUUUCGAUAACCACGAAGACCUCUCCACCGCCAACCACCCCACCACCCCCGUCGAAGAAGCAACCAACGGCGGUGGCGGCGAGAACUCUCCGGUAGCUUCCGGAAGCAGCAACAGCCCGCUCAACGGAACGCUGUCUAGUGUCACAAACGGCUAUCUGUUCGAUAGGAUAUCGGGGAGUUGGCCUGAGGAGAAGGCUCUAUUGGCUGCCGGCAAGAAGAAUCGGAGUAGUCCACGCGUAAGUGUUGACUUUACGAACGGAGUUUAUCAGAAUAGAUCCGCGUGGGGUAUGGUUAUAGUUACUGCUGGACUUAGAGGUGAAAUCAGAACGUUCCAGAAUUUCGGGUUGCCCGUUCGGAUGUAAGCUGUUAUUACAGUUAAGUGCCUAAAGAACUCUGCCCCCUAAGUCAGCAAAAUUUGUGUAGAUAUUCUGUGAGAUUGUAACAUUCGCGAGUUCUUUAUUUUUUUUUUUCUUGAUCGUACCAUUGCCUCGGAUGAAGAGUCCUCAGCUGGGGUGGGUAGGGCGGGGCGGGGGGUGAAAGAAGAUGUUAUACUAUUGGGGUUAGAAACCGAUUUUAUUUUGUGUAAUCGGCAAUUGUAGAGUUACGAGUAUCAUAAAUGUAAGCAAAAAUACUAUAUCAAUUCAUUCAAUUUUUAUCUU